GGGUCCAGGGGCGGUUGCCAGCAUAAAGGAGCAUAAAGGCCGCUCUCUCUCGCGAGCUGAGCCGGAGCGGAGCCUAGAGGUCUCCUCCCUCUGCGCACCCAGGGGAGCUGCACCUCCAGCCGGCAGGAUGGACCAGACUUUGCCCCAGCGCCUGUGGAUUUUCCCGCUGCUCCUAAUGCGCUGUGCAAGUAGUCUCGCUUCAGUAUCCGCCCAAGGGAAUAAAUUAGAGAUCUGCCUCUUGCCUUUGGAAGCUGGACCUUGCCAGGAUCUCAUACCCAGGUUCCACUAUGAUAGGAGCUCGCAGAAGUGCCUGGAGUUCGGCUAUGGAGGCUGCAAAGGCAACGCCAACAAUUUCCGCUCUCAGGAGCUCUGUGAACGCACUUGCGGAAAUAUCCAGAAAGUUCCUCCAGUUUGUCGGUUAGAACUCAGCACAUAUCCAUGUGAUAAGCCUAAUGUACAGUAUUUCUUCAAUAUGAGUACCAUAACAUGCGAGAUCCUUAAGCCUGGUCUGUGCAGCAUGACUAAGAACGUGUUUCCUGAUGAAGCUACAUGUAAGGCCUUCUGUGAACCAAAUAAAAUUCCAUCCUAUUGCUCCAGUCCAAAAGACGAAGGCCUGUGUUCUGCGAAUGUGACACGCUAUUAUUUUAAUACAAGAAACAAAGCCUGUGAGAGCUUCAUCUAUACCGGCUGUGGUGGGAAUGAAAAUAACUUUUAUUACCUGGAGGACUGCGAACGCGCUUGCCGGAAAGCCUCAAAGAAGUCCAAGAAAAGGAAGGAAGGAAGCGGUUACUUACCCGGAAGAAAGCCCGGAUUUUGGAAGCCACUUCCUUAACCAUUUCUUUUUACUUAAGGAAACAAAUCAUCACUUAUUUUAUUCAUCUGAUUUUACUGCUACGUUACUUUUUUUAACCUAUUUUUAUUCAUAGCAAGUUGCUUUCCAAAUGUGAAACUAUAAUUUUUAAUUUACUGUUCAGAAGUUUAAGAGACUAAAUCCUUCCAGUGUAUCAGAUAUGAAUGUGAACAUAACUCACCCAAGUUCUUGGGGUGGCUAGCACUAGUUUCAGAAGAGAGUGGUUACCAAAAUAACAGAAGACAAUGUGAUUGUGCCAUUUCAACAUAUAUGAGCACCAAACGGAAUGGUAAAACCAUUUCAUUACGAACUUAAAAGUUUGGAUUAAAUUUUAGGCUCCAGGAGAAAAGUUGCUGAUUUAUGAACACUUUAAUCAACCCCCUCACGGGGGUAUUUUACUUUCCCAAGUGUACUUCCAUUCCUAUCCUGUCAGAUUGCAAUACUAAGAAGUAGGGAAGUUAUUUCAAAAUUAAAAUUAUUACUGGAUACAUUUAAAAUGGUGAUUUGUAAUAUGAAAAACAUUUUUCCUAGAAAACAUUAUUACAUAUGCA